CCGAAACUUUGAAGAAAAAAACAGAACGAAGAGUCAGUCGACAACCGCCGCCGCCAGCCAGCCAGGGCCAAGCUCCAUCCUUCCACCACCGCACCAUUCUCCACAGAAUCACAGCUCUUUGGUCUUUUAUUAACUCUCUGAAUGGAAGUUCGAAGCAUGAAUUUUAGACUGUCUCCCCCGUUAGCCACACAAAACCCAAAAGUGGCAUUCUUUCAGGCUCCCUCAUCUGCUUCUACUCAUGCAAUUAUUCAAUCUGCAAAGUGGGUCUCUCUCAAAACCAAAUCUUCCCUCGUUUUGCCUAUUUCAUUGGCCAAGAAAGGUUUUCGUACAAGUUGCAUCAAAGCAGCAGAAAGCGAUCCUCCACAUAGUUGUGUGAAUGAAUCCAAUGCAGAAGCCAGGAGGAAGAAGAACUUGGCUGUUUUUGUUUCCGGUGGAGGUUCAAAUUUCAGGGCAAUUCAAGAGGCGGCUCUGCAAGGGACUGUUAACGGGGAUGUGGUUAUUUUGGUCACCAAUAAACUUGAUUGUGGGGGUGCCAACUUUGCCAGAGAUAGAGGAAUACCUGUUAUUCUCUUCCCGAAACCAAAUAAUACAGAAAAUGGGAUGUCUGCAGGAGAUCUUGUAGGCUCUCUAAGAGAAUACAAAGUUGACUUCAUUCUAUUAGCCGGAUACCUAAAGCUCAUACCUUCUGAGUUGAUUCAAGCUUAUCCAAGAUCAAUGUUGAAUAUUCACCCUUCACUUCUCCCAGCUUUUGGAGGCAAAGGUUACUAUGGGAUGAAGGUGCACAAAGCAGUGAUUGCUUCUGGAGCUAGGUAUUCUGGCCCCACAAUCCAUUAUGUUGAUGAAGAGUAUGACACAGGGCGUAUUCUUGCUCAGAGGGUUGUACCUGUGCUUGCUAACGACUCAGCUGAUGAGCUGGCAGAAAGGGUUCUGAAUGAGGAGCAUAAAUUAUAUGUAGAAGUAGUGGCUGCUCUAUGUGAAGGAAGAAUAGUUUGGCGGGGUGAUGGUGUCCCUCUCAUCCAGAGUGAAGAAAACCCCAACCAGUAUCUGUAAAUAGAAAGCUAAUCCAAGGAGAGAAUAACCAUAAAUUGCGUUACUAUUCAUUUUACUUUUAGGGGAGCAGGCUCAUACCAACUUCGUCCCACAAAGAACAGUAACAUUUGAUUUUUUGUUGUUGCCAAAGAGGGUGUGACCGUUAAAUUUUGUUUAAAAUCGAUUCAUAUUAGUUGACCCCAAAGUCUAUUGGGAAUAAGGCUUGAAUGUUGUUGUUGUUGCAUUAUGCACAGAAGAUUGCACAGAAGGAUAUGGACAUGGAGACAGGCUCACCAAAAAACGUAGGGGGGGGGGGGCUGCAAAGCCCGCCUGUCAGGCUUUUAGAGGACGUGUCGAGAAGUGCACAGGGAUGGAAGAUUACAAAUUUCAUCAUCCGGAUCUUUAUUUUUGCUGCUUUAUUUUUAUGUUUCAGAACUCAGUUGUUUGUUGUUUCUUUACUUUUAUUUACAAUAAGGGAGAUGGGGUCGUGGGUUGUUGGUUUAUGAGUAGGUUUUAUUGUGAUGGAGGCAAUUAGGCUGUCACAGCCGCUAAUAGCCUCUUAGCUCUCACCGUUUCAGUGAUUAGUCUCGCUCUUUUUGGGGUGGACUAUUCAAUGCCUGGACAUGACGUGAGGGGGUCGAUGGGCUUUUGGCAUUGUGGGUCUACUGAGAGUUGUUGGUUUGGGGAUUUGAUUGAUGUAAUGGCUCGUUUGGUUCUAAUACCAUAUUAGAUUAAAUUAGAUCAUUGAUAGUUUUAAAAUGUACUUUCUCCAGUCCUAAAUAAACUUCACACUUUUCUUUUUGGUCACGUCAAAA